GUGCCGCCAACUGUGAGUGAAACGAUAGAGUGUGUAGCUUUAUCCCCCUCUUCAUCUUCCGCAGUUAGUUCCACCACAUUACGCUCUCCAACCUUGGCCUUUGCUCCUAGGCAUGCCUAAUGCAAAAACAGGAGACACAUUUCACACCUCUGCCAGUGGGCUAACUUGUCUUAGUUCCAGACGGACAGUAACAUCAGGCUCGAACUCUUCCUCAGAACCUGGCCACGUAACACUCUUACACUUCCCAGACAGCUCCACACCUGCGUUUAGGUUAGCAGAUGAAAAACGGAGAAGACUAAAAGCAAUCACCCCAAAAUUCCACUAAGGGACCCAUCUCAAUCGAACUCUCGUCGUCCAUCAUCUCGGCUAGGCCAGACCACGUGUACAAUACACCGCGCGGGCGCGGGAGACGGAGAGCGACGCGAAAAUCGAGGGGGUGUGGCCAGGCGAGAGAGCGUGCGUGAUGGGGGCCGGGGCAGGAGGAAGGAGGAAGCGUGCUCACAAGAAUGACAAACAUAUCAAGAAGAAGUACCGCACAAAGCGAAGAACAAAGGACUUGGAUGAGGUUUUGGAGGACAUGCAGAAAUCUUUGCCUCGACGGCAUACUGCAGACGUACCAGGAUCAGGCCAGCACUAUUGCUUGAUGUGCUCGAGAACUUUCAUGGAUGGUAAAGCAGUAAAGAGCCACCGUAACAGUAAACCACACAAGCAGAGAUUGCGAAGCUUGAUGGAGCCAGCUUACACUCAACGUGAAGCCGAAUGUGCAGCUGGCAAGGGAAGCUAUUAUAGCUGUAGACAGGGGGAAAAACAUAUGACCCACACACAGACCCAAUCCCAAUAACACUAGGAUGAGAUAGUUAUGAAAUUUCUCGAGUUUACAGUUCUGCUACAACUGACUCAAUGCUCACGCUCGGCUUGCACAGCAAAGUUAUUCAGCGAUAGCCUCCUGCAUCUAGAGAAUGGAUUACCCGGGGCGACUGAGAUCGUGAUACACAACAAACUUACAUUCACAGAAUGGCUCUUCAAUGGUGAAAGAGAGAGAUCUAGCCUGUGACAUGGCACUUUUCCCUAACAUAAAUGAUGAAAGGUGCUGUGGACAUAAAUUGAAAAUCAGCCUUCUAAGAGGGA